AAAUAUUAAUGCUUUUCUUAUUCGUAUUAGUGAAUGUAAAUGAUUUGUAUUAAGUCAGAGCAUUCUCUGAGUGUUUCCUAAGAGCAAAAUGAUCUGGAAGAUGGUGUGUAUUUGCAAAAAGAAGAAAAUUUAACACUAUUAGACAUUGCUAAUGAACUUGAUAAAUAUCAUUUUUUUUAAGUAUUGGGUACUAAAACAUAUAUUUAAUAAAAAUAGGAAUUGAAUCAUAAGAUAGAUAAAUGAAAAGGUUGGCUGUGGCUUCAAUAAUAUCUAUUUUAACUAUAGCUGCAUGUUGUGGAUGCUCAUAGAUAAUAUAAGCAUAUUCUAAAUCUUGCAAGUAGAAACUUCCACCUCCUUAAAAUUAAUAUAGAAGGCUAGAACAAUAAACAGACUUAUUGUGAG